CAGUGCUGAGAGCCGCGGGGUGUCAGCGGCGGCCCUGUGAUGGCGGCGGCGGCGGGGCGCCGGCAGCCGCGGAGGCUGGGAGCGCCGAGGGGGCUGUGCCGCUCCUAACUCGGCCUCGGGCCCCUACGCCAUGGGGAAGAACCGCGGCGGGCGCCUGGCCUGAGGCGGUGGUGUCAGCGGAGGGCGCGGCACAGCCGAGGGGGCCCCGCCGCGGGGUCCGCCACCCGCGCCGCCGGGGAUGUUGCGGUGGGUCCGGCAGCAGCUGGGUUUUGACCCACCGCAUCAAAGCGAUACAAGAACUAUUUAUAUAGCAAACCGUUUCCCCCAGCAUGGCCAUUAUGUUCCUCAGAAGUUUGCAGACAACAGAAUCAUAUCAUCCAAGUAUACAGUGUGGAAUUUUGUUCCAAAAAACCUUUUUGAGCAGUUCAGAAGAGUAGCCAACUUUUAUUUUCUGAUUAUUUUUUUGGUUCAGCUCAUGAUAGACACCCCUACCAGUCCUAUUACCAGUGGAUUGCCAUUAUUUUUUGUCAUAACUGUGACAGCCAUAAAACAGGGUUAUGAAGACUGGCUACGACAUAAAGCAGACAAUGAAGUAAAUGGUGCUCCAGUUUAUGUUGUUCGAAGUGGUGGCCUUGUCAAAACCAGAUCUAAAAACAUCCGGGUGGGGGACAUUGUCAGAGUAGCCAAAGAUGAGACUUUUCCUGUUGAUCUGGUUCUUCUGUCAUCUGAUCGAGUUGACGGUUCAUGCCAUGUCACUACCGCAAGUUUGGAUGGAGAGACUAAUCUUAAGACACACGUUGCGGUCCCAGAAACAGCAGUGUUACAGUCUGUUGCCAACCUGGACAAACUUGUGGCUGUUAUAGAAUGUCAGCAGCCAGAAGCAGAUCUGUACAGAUUUGUUGGAAGAAUAACUAUAAGUCAACAAGCUGAAGAAAUUGUACGACCUCUUGGGCCUGAAAGUCUCUUACUUCGUGGAGCAAGAUUAAAAAACACUAAAGAAAUAUUUGGUGUUGCAGUGUAUACAGGUAUGGAGACAAAGAUGGCAUUAAAUUACAAGAGUAAAUCUCAGAAACGGUCAGCAGUAGAAAAGUCCAUGAAUUCCUUUUUGAUUAUUUAUCUGAUAAUCCUCCUCUUUGAAGCCAUUCUGAGCACUAUUUUGAAGUAUGCAUGGCAAGCUGAAGAAAAAUGGGAUGAGCCUUGGUAUAAUGGAAAAACAGAGCAUGAAAGAAACAGCAGUAAGAUUCUGAGAUUUAUUUCAGAUUUUCUUGCUUUUCUGGUACUUUACAAUUUUAUCAUACCUAUUUCACUUUAUGUGACUGUUGAGAUGCAGAAAUUUCUUGGUUCUUUUUUUAUUGGCUGGGAUCUUGACCUCUAUCACAAGGAAACAAACCAGAGAGCGCAAGUAAAUACUUCAGACCUCAAUGAGGAGCUGGGGCAGGUAGAGUAUGUGUUUACAGACAAAACCGGUACAUUGACUGAAAAUGAGAUGCAGUUUCGGGAGUGUUCCAUUAAUGGCAUAAAGUACCAAGAGGUCAAUGGUAAACUAACUCCAGAGGGUUUUUCUGAAGAUUCUCCAGAUGGAAAUAGACAUGGUUUGAUGAAAGAGGAAGAACUCUUCUUGAAAGCAGUUUGUCUUUGUCAUACGGUGCAGAUCAAUGCAGAUCAAACAGAUGGUGCUGAUGGCCCCUGGUAUGCCAAUGGAAUAGCACCCCAGUUAGAAUAUUAUGCUUCUUCUCCAGAUGAGAAAGCUUUAGUUGAAGCUGCAAGCCGGGUUGGAGUAGUAUUUACUGGAAUUAGUGGGGACAGUAUGGAAGUAAAAAGUCUUGGAAAACCAGAGAGGUAUAAAUUGCUUCAUGUUUUGGAGUUUGAUCCAAAUCGCAGACGAAUGAGUGUCAUUGUAGAGAGUCCCUCAGGGGAAAAGCUUUUGUUCACAAAGGGAGCAGAAUCCUCCAUUCUUCCUCGUAGUAACAGUGGAGAAAUAGACAAAACAAGGAUACAUGUGGAUGAAUUUGCUUUGAAAGGACUGAGAACUUUGUGCAUAGCCUACAGAAGAUUCACACCUGAGGAGUAUCAAGAAAUUGGGAAACGUCUUCAUGAGGCCAGGACUGCCUUACAGCAACGGGAGGAAAGAUUAGCAGAUGUAUUCAACUUCAUAGAAAGGGAUCUGGAGUUGCUUGGGGCUACAGGAGUAGAAGACAAACUGCAGGAAAAAGUCCAAGAAACUAUAGAAGCACUCAGGUUGGCUGGUAUCAAAGUGUGGGUACUCACCGGAGAUAAGCACGAAACAGCUGUUAGCGUCAGUUUAUCAUGUGGACACUUUCACAGAACCAUGAACAUCCUUGAGCUUGUGCAACACAAGUCAGACAGCACAUGUGCAGAACAACUGAGGCAGCUAGCCAAGAGAAUCAAGGAAGACCACGUUAUCCAGCAUGGCUUGGUUGUGGAUGGGACCAGCCUUUCUCUCGCACUCAGGGAACAUGAAAAACUGUUCAUGGAAGUUUGCAAAAACUGCUCUGCAGUGUUGUGCUGUCGCAUGGCACCCCUUCAGAAAGCCAAGGUAGUGCGACUGUUAAAAACAUCUCCAGAGAAACCUAUAACAUUAGCAAUUGGUGAUGGUGCUAAUGAUGUGAGCAUGAUACAAGAAGCACACGUUGGCAUAGGAAUCAUGGGCAAGGAAGGAAGACAAGCUGUAAGGAACAGUGACUAUGCAAUAGCACGGUUUAAAUUCCUCUCCAAGUUGCUUUUUGUUCAUGGACACUUUUACUAUAUUAGAAUAGCAACCCUUGUACAGUACUUUUUUUAUAAGAAUGUGUGCUUUAUUACACCACAGUUUUUAUAUCAGUUCUUCUGUUUGUUUUCACAACAAACGCUCUAUGACAGUGUAUACCUGACUUUGUACAAUAUUUGUUUCACUUCCUUGCCUGUCCUCAUCUACAGUCUUUUUGAACAGCAUGUGCAUCCGCAUGUACUGCAGAGCAAACCUGUGCUCUAUCGAGACAUCAGUAAAAACGCCCAUCUGGGCUAUAAACCAUUUCUUUACUGGACCAUCUUGGGCUUUUUCCAUGCAUUUGUUUUCUUUUAUGGCUCUUAUCUUCUAAUGGGAGAAGACACCUCUCUGCUGGGAAAUGGCCAGAUAUUGAAACCUAACAGGCAAAUGAUGUUUGGGAACUGGACAUUUGGUACUUUGGUCUUCACCGUUAUGGUUAUCACCGUUACAAUGAAGAUGGCACUAGAAACUCACUUCUGGACAUGGAUAAACCAUUUUGUUACUUGGGGAUCCAUUGUAUUUUAUUUCAUAUUCUCCUUGUUUUAUGGGGGAAUUAUCUGGCCAUUUUUACAUACCCAGGACAUGUACUUUGUAUUUGUACAACUGUUGUCAAGUGGUUCUGCUUGGUUUGCCAUCAUCCUCAUAGUAGUUGCUUGUUUGUUUAUCGAUGUUGUGAAGAAAGUGCUGUACAGACAUCUACAACCAACAAGUACUGAAAAAGCUCAGCUUACUGAGGCAGGUUCAGGUAUCAACUGCUUGGACUCCAUGUGCUGCUUCUCAGAUGGGGAAACAGCAUGCACAUCUGUUAGAAGAAUGCUGGAACGACUAAUGGGAAGAUGUAGUCCCACCCGGGUCAACAGUGUUUGUAAGGUUACCGAAGAAACAUGCAUUUAAACAAUUCAGGAAGAACUUAAGAAUCCAUCUGUCUGCCAAGCUGAAGUGUGUGCAACCAAUCACUGUGCCUUGGGUACAGUGUAGAGUUCUUCAUGAAGAAGACUGAACAAAAUGCAGCUAAUUCCAUCUAACGCCAGCAUUCAUCUCUCUGGUUAGAGCAUGAAUGAGUCAAGAGAGAAUUUGCCACAGAGAGGAAAUGCUUUAGAAUUACCUCUUAGCCUUGAAAUCCAUUAACAUAGGGCAGAAGAGCCUAUAGUGGAUGGUGUAGUUAAAAGCAAGAGUGGUGUGUGGUCACUUUACUAUGCAGUGUCUCUGAAGGAGCACCUUCUCUGUAGCCACUUUCAAAGCAGGAUUGAGUUCUCAGCAGAUUUUUUGUUCCUGUUCAGUGAAAAAUAGAGUUUCUUUUUUGUUACUUAACAUCAUUUUAGUUGCCAAACUGUAGGCUUUUUAAAGGGUGCAGUGGAAAAAUUAAGUGAGAAGAUGCUCUGAAUUGUUUUGCAAACUAAAAUGUAAAUAUUCUGCUUAAAAUAAAUAUUCUGUAUAUUUUUUAAGGUUCUGGGGGAGGGGGAACAAAAAUUUGCAGAGGAAGGAAUGCUGAAAUCUUUGGCUUUAUGUUUUCAGAAUGAUUUCUUGUGCAAAAGAUGAUGUGAGAAAAGAUUAUGCAAUUUAGAGUGCAUACUAGACAAUUAUAAUUUCAUACUGGAAACCUUUGGUAAUACUUUCAGACAUGUUUUUUAUGACAAUAUAACUUCUAUAUUGGGAAAAAAAUCCUGUUUUUUCUAGUGCUAGAAAUGUCUCAAAGCUGUAGUCUACUUUAUUUUUCAUUAGUUUUAUCUGGUACUUCUGUACUUCCAACUCCUAGUGACUUGGUGAAAUGCAGUGGUCAGAAGUGCUCAAUCAUCUGCAUCUGGGCCAGCUGAGGUUCUGGUUUGGCUGGUGUAAGGACACUCAGUAACUCCUCUCACACCAUCAUCACUGCCUUGUUACAGGGACAGUGUUGGGUUAGUUACUCCUAGAGCUGCGCAAACCCUUUGUUAUAGACUCAUUUUAGCCUUUUUUCUGUACCUGAAUGAUUCCCCAGAUGGUAGACUUUCCUCUUUGCAGAUCUGGGAUGUGUGUUUCUUCUGUGAAUGGUUUUAUUGUUGGUUGUUUCGUAUGUUCUUUGCUUCUGCCAUUUGCUUCCAGUGGCCUGAUUUUUCUGCUCUCUAUUGGGAUGACUUGAUUUAUACCAGGAGGAGGAAAGAUGGGAUGCUCUUGCCGGCAGUCGUCUUAGGAGCACAUUUGCAUCAGUAUUUGCAAGGCUUCUGCUUUCCACAGAUUUUUUUCCUUCAGCUAAAUCCUGCUUGUAGAGGCAUCUGAAAUAACACAGUAGAGACACCUGUCUGCCACCCAAGCUUCUGUGGCUUUCGUUCAGAGGAACGUUCUCAUCACUUUGAAGUAUUUGCCUUGCUCUCGCUGUUGCCACACUCUGAUGUUGUAUUACAAUCAGUACAUACAAUUGUCAGCACCGUAGCUCCAACUUCUUGUUGUUUCCAGUUUGUGUAAAUGCAGACAUGAAUAAAACCUGAGGGCUGUGGGCUAAAGACUGUGUGUAUAAAAUGAAGUGGGAAGAAAUGAAAGAUCCUGCUCUUUAUGACACAAGGUAAGACUUGUCUGAAAGAAACCCUGAAGAGCACCUAAGUGGCCUGUGGUGUGUAUUAAAUUUUUCCUCAGCAGUUUUAGGGAAGUUGUUUCAUACAGCAGCAGGUUCAAACCCUUUUUUACAUUUUGGCAGAGGGACAAGAGUUGUUCCAUGGGGCCUAUAGUUUAGGAAGGGGAAAAGGUUAAAAAACAAGAGCUCAUUGCAGCAGCAAAGAUAUUUUUUUCUUGCAAUUCCUGGUUCUGGUCCCAUGAGAGAUUACAGGUCCUAUGCACACAAAAAUAACUCCUCCAGAUUCCUAUGUUUUCACUCAAGUGUGAUGAAGUUCUGCUUGUUUUCAAAGGAAAAAAAGACCAACCCAAACUUGAAUGAUAGCAUCACUGCAAGUACCUUUUUGAAGACAUUGACCCUUACUUUUAGGCAAAUAAGGGGCAUUGACAACUGGAAACUAGCAAUAAUUAGUACAAAGAAUUUUGGACCUCUGACACUGUGGCUGCCUCAUGUUCUUUUUGAUUUUCUUGACAGCGAGUCUGUGCUUGCGCCUUGUACAGCUUGGUCAGUAGAAAUUGUUUUAAAAAUGGUUUAUGAAAACUAUAUUUAUUAAAUAAAAACUUUCACUUCUA